AUGGCCACAAAACAGACCUUUCUGACUAUUGGAAUAUUUGCUUUAUGUUGCUUUAAUGUAUGUUUUUCCAUUAUUCCAGUGAAGGAAGAGGACCCAAGCUUCUGGAAUGUAAAGGGCAAAGAAGCUCUUCAUUUGGCUUUGAACAUGAAGCCCAACAUGCAUCGUGCUAAAAAUCUCAUUUUGUUUCUUGGAGAUGGCAUGGGAAUAAGCACUGUGACGGCAGCGAGGAUCAUGAAGGGUCAAAUGAAAGGAGAGACCGGAGAGGAGACUUCUCUGGCUAUGGACAUGUUUCCUCAUCUUGCUCUGUCAAAGACCUACAAUGUUGACCAGCAGAUGCCGGACAGUGCAGCGACAGCCACAGCGUAUCUCUGUGGUGUGAAGGCAAACUACGGCACGCUCGGCCUCAGCGCGGCCUCUCGACGCAAUGACUGCAGCACCAUUAAAGGCAACGAGGUCACAUCGGUUCUUCAUCGCGCAAAGAUGGCAGGGAAAUCUGUGGGCAUUGUGAGCACUGCACGUGUCCAGCACGCGUCACCUGCUGGCAGUUACUCCCACUCCGCGGACAGAGAUUGGUACAGCGAUAAUGAGUUGACAGCCGACGCCGUCGCGGGAGGAUGCAGGGAUAUCGCAUUUCAACUCAUCAAUAAUACAGAUAUAAAUGUGAUUUUAGGUGGCGGAAGGCAGUACAUGUUUCCUAAGGAAGUGAAUGAUCCUGAGUACUCAACAUUUACGGGGAGCCGACUGGACAAAACAAACCUUGUUGAAGAGUGGCUCAAAAACAGAAAAAACGCCAAAUAUGUUUGGAACAAGGCAGAAUUUGAUGAUGUCAAAGAAGCCAAAACUGAUUACUUGAUGGGGCUUUUCGAGCCAAAGGACACCAGGUACGAGUUGGAACGCGACCCAAAAAUGGAUCCAUCAUUGACAGAGAUGACAGAAAAGGCAAUUAAGAUUCUUCGCAAAAACCCUAAAGGCUUCUACCUCUUUGUAGAAGAUAACGGUAGAAUAGAUCAUGGCCAUCACGCAGGCCAGGCCAAGUAUGCUUUGACCGAGGCUGUGGAAUUUGACAGAGCCAUUGCGCGGGCAGCUGAACUGACCAGUGAACUAGAUACUAUGACCGUGGUCACUGCAGAUCAUUCACAUGUGUUUUCAUUUGGUGGCUACUCUUACAGGGGGAACCCAGUGCUAGGCACUUCCUAUAAAAAAGCUGAGGAUGGUAAACGGUUUACUACAACAUAUUACGGCAAUGGUCCGGGAUACCAGAUUGUGAAUGAUACUCGUCCUGACAUGAAUGACACAAUCUCAGGUAAUGACAAUUACCGUCAGCAGGCCGCAGUGCCUCUUGAUUCAGAAACUCAUGGAUCGGAGGAUGUUGCAAUUUUUGCCAAAGGUCCGAUGGCCCACCUCUUUCAUGGUGUACAGGAGCAAAGUUACAUCGCUCAUGCUAUGGCUUACGCAGCCUGCAUUGAACCUUACACUGACUGCAAGCUGGAAAAUUAUGCGUCCGGCACGAGGGUCAGCCUCCUGAUGCUGGUAUUGGGCUUGAUGUCAUCACUCACAUCUCUGAUAUAA